AUGCCCGUGUUGGCAUAUGGCGCCGAAGCGUGGACAAUGACAGCAUCCGAUGAGGCGGCUCUUGGAAUAUUCGUGAGAAAGAUUUUGCGGAAGAUAUACCGGCGUUUACGCGUUGGCGACGAAGCGACCAAUAUAAAUCAGAACAAUUUGUCACGCAACACAAUUGUGCCGUUUGUGGAAGCCACAGAACGUGAGACGGCAGCAUCAACAAAGAUGGCGAAGUCAAUGCCUCGAUCAUAUAGCAUGCCAAACGUGCCUGUACCUCCACCAAUGCCGCCUUCAACCGAGAGCGAGCCACUAACGCCAAGUGGUACCCUAAGACGCAAUAUGGCUGCUGCCGGAAGUUUGGCAGCAAUGCGCGCUCGGAAUGAUAACGAAACGAAUGAUGGGCUAAUAAUAAUGCAAGGCACAAUUAAUGAAGAAUUAAGGGCUACUCUAUAUCAGCGGGAACGACGCAGGGACCUUGAAAUAUUGACAACACCCAAUGUACACAUAAAUCAGUAUUCAACACCAAAAGAAGUGGAAGAAUGGUUGCGCAUAAAAGGUUUUUCGGAUGUUAUUGUAGCAAAGCUCCGCAAAUUGAAUGGAGAGGAACUAUUUGCUCUGUUGCCACAUACUAUCGAGGGAUAUUUUGGACAGAAGGAGAGUAGGCGUUUAAUUUCGCAAAUAGUAUUGCAAAAAAAUAUAUGCGAAGUGAGUAAAGCUAGUUAUUAGUACAUGUCAAGCAUUAUCUUAUAAAUCGUACA